AUGAAGAUAACAGAGGACCUCAUUCGCCGCAAGUCGGAGCACAAUGAAGGAUCGUUGGAAGAUCUUGAAGAAAUAGCCCUGCACCAGCUUGAAAUUGAAAAGAUUGAGCUCCUUGACCGCUUGUGCAAAGACCUCAAAAUUCUUCUGCUACAGAACAACCUGAUUGACAGGCUUGAAAACCUACGACGACUAAAGCGCCUGGAGUAUCUGAAUGUUGCGUUGAACAAUAUUGUUGUCAUAGAGAACCUGGAACGAUGGACAGGUUUCAGAAGUUUUACGAUCGCAACUUUACUUCAACUGAAGCAACUAGACGGAAAGGUGGUGACUCCUGUUGAACGCAUACAGGCUCUGCGAGCACUUCCCGCUUUAAAAGAAGACCUUGCCAAAGAAAUCCGACCAAAUGAUUCUGAGAAUGCAUACACGCGGGAAAACCGCAAAAGAAUGUACCAGGAGAUGGCUCAUAAAAAGCCAUUUGAAACGUACAACAGCAAGGGCGAAAUCCGUCAAUGCAACCAAGGUCGUCUUAAAUUCACCAUGGACUCUUACAGCCAGCCCGGUCUGAUAGUUGUUACGUUUGAGUUGCCGAGGCACUUAUCGACUAUGCUAAUUGACGUCGACGUGCACCCGAACUACCUUCGAGUGACCGUUAAGGGUAAGGUAACGCAGCUGAGGCUCCCCGAAGAUAUCUCUCCCGACAAUACCAAGGUUAGACUGCUCUCAGCUUAA